AAGGGAAAAAAAAAAAAAAUUAAAAAAAAUUAAUCUAAAACAUCGCCAUCGGCAGUGUUGUUUAUAGGCUUUGCGCAUCACUUAAUUGGUAGUCCAGGUUACGAUGGGCAUUGAUAUUAGCCAUAAAUCUAAGGGUCACAAGCGCAAGAGUCCUGUAAGCAAGGAUCCGUAUUUGCGUUUGCUUUUUAGCUUAUACAAAUUUUUGGCUCGUCGUACGACUUCUCGCUUCAAUCAAGUGGUUUCGCGCCGCCUUUGCUUGAGCAGAAACAACAGGCCCCCGGUGUCUUUGAAGAAGGUGGCUCUAUCGCUGAAAGACAAGCCAGAGGACACGAUAGCUGUCGUCGUGUCGACUGUGACGAACGAUGAUCGUUUGCUGGUUGUACCCAAGAUGACGCUUGCGGCCCUGCACGUUACAGAGAGCGCUCGCCUUCGAAUAGAGAAGGCGGGAGGAAAGGUCCUCACUCUGGACCAGCUGGCCAUGCUUCGUCCGACGGGGUCGAAGACCAUGAUAUUGCAGGGUGCUCGACACGCUCGCAAGCAGUUCAAGCACUUCCGAAAGUUGAGGGGAAGGCAUGCCGUUCCGUACAUUAGGUCAAAGACGAAGAGCGGGCGUAAGCAUGAGCGGGCUCGUGGCAGAAGGCCCUCAAGAGGAUUCAGCGUUUGAGUAUCAAAGUGAAAAAAAAAUAAAAAUGAUCUCGAGAUUA